AGCUCUGCUCUAGGAAUUAUUGGGGGUGGGGGCAGAUCUCUGACCUGUGCUAUACAGGAGGUCAGAGUAGAUGAUCACAAUGGCCCCUUUUGCCUUGGAACCUAUGAAUCUAUAAUAUCAGGGCUCCACUAAUACCUGUUGUUUUGUUAAGAUGGCUGAAGGGGAAAAGGUGUUUCCUACAAAGCUACUCAUUGGUCAGGGUGGAGAGCUCUGAUUUCUUUCUGGUGCUGUCUGUCUAGGCCUGCCCUCCGAUGACAUCAGCACUGGUAUAUAAAGCCUGAGCAGCAUUUGUAUACUGUACCAGUGCAGGAUCUGAGAACUGACUGGAGAACCUUGCUGAGCAUUUGGCUUCACCAUGUCUUCUAACGAGAAUGACGUUCAGGAUGCUCCCUCAAAGAGAGGGGAGCAGGAGCAACAGAACUUGGUGAGCAGAGUAGCCGGUCUGCCCUUGGUCAGUGCUGCUUACGACAUGGUCUCCACCACUUACACAUCCAUCAAAGAGACCCAUCCCGUCAUCAGAUCCAUCUGUGAUGUGGCAGAGACUGGAGUGAGGACCAUCACAUCUGCCACAGUCAGUGGGACCCAGCCCAUCCUGGACCAGCAAGAGCCUCAGGAACUGUUAGUAUCAGCCAGUGACUACGCCUGCGAGAGCCUGGACAAACUGGAGGAGAAGCUGCCCGUCCUCCAACAGCCAGAUGACCAGGUGGCCUCUGAUGCCAAAGAGCUAGUAUCAUCCACACAGACGGAUGCCAAGGAUGCCGUCUGCAGCACGGUCACUGAGGCCAAGGAUGCAGUGACCAGCAUGGUGGGCGUGGCCAAAGGGGCUGUCCAGGAGAGCGUGGAGGUGACCAAAUCCGCCGUGACCAGCAGCAUGAGCACAGUGAUGGGCUCCAGCAUGGGGCAGAUAAUCACGAGUGGCGUUGACUUGGUACUUGAAACGUCUGAGUCGUUGGUGGAUCACUACCUCCCAAUGACGGAUGAGGAACUUGCUAAACUCGCAGUAUCCCUGGAGGGGCCUGGAGAGGCUCCUGCAGAGCAGCAGAGUUACUACGUGCGUCUGGGUUCCCUUUCGACCACGCUGCGCCAGCGAGCCUACCAGCACGCCCUGGGCAAGAUGAGACAAGCCAGGCAGCGCACCCUGGAGGCCCUCUCCCAGCUCCAGCUAACCAUUGACCUGAUGGAACAGGCCCUGGGUCAGAAGGCUCAUGAUGGGCAGGAAAAACUGCAGGAGAUAUGGCUGGAGUGGCGCAAGGGCCAGCCAGGAGGCAGUGAGGACAAUGGCUCACCGCAGCCAGAGGAGAUGGUGUCCCAGGCUCUAGCCACUUCCCAUAACCUCAUCCUGCAGGUGUGGACCACCUGUCAUAGCCUCCUGCCCAACAUCCAGGGGCUCCCUGCCACUCUCCAGGAGAACGUCCAGCAAGCCUACCAGAACAUGGGAGAGCUCCAGACUUCCUUCUCCAAUGUCCAAUCCUUCCAGGCGCUGUCUGAGGAUAUCCUGACCCAGACCCAGGAGAAGUUGACCAAAGCCCAGGAGUCCCUGGAUGAGCUGCUGGAAUAUGUGGUGCAGAACACUCCCCUCACAUGGAUUGUGGGACCCUUUGCCCCUGCUGGAGACUCUACUGAGAAGGUGGAGGUACCAGCAGAGGCUGAGAAGGCAGAGGUGCCAGUGGAGGCCUGAAGUAGCGGCUGUAUGGUGAUCUAAUGCAAUACAUCUCACUACUGCUCAAAUGGAGCUUAAUGUUCACAGCUAGAAUAGCCCAGCCAUAGUUGGCUUUGGGAUAGGAGUCUGUUACUUUGCACACCGUAUGUCCGGCUGUCUGCACAUAAUGACUCUGCAAUGUAUAUAAGGCUGUCUAUCUUGUAUUCAAGUCCCUACUUGCUAGAAUACCUCUGAUGCUCUUCCUGGUGAGGUUUGAGUGGGAAUACCACUCUUUGAUGCAGGCCCUAAGAUUUAUGGCCUUAAUGUCUCCCCCAAAGGGAUUGGAGGUCUGCUCCCAUUCCCUUAUUUCAGAGACUCCUGUCUCUGAUCUUUGGAAGCCCUGGUAGGGCUUCCUCUGGCCUGCCUGUUAAGGGUAUAAAAGGAGUGAGGAUGGGACCUGGUCUGCCUUCUGGUCUUCCUGCCCCUGCUGUGCAGACAUCUGACCAGAUAUUGCAGAACCUCACUUUCCUAAAAACAAAAACCCACUUCCCUUUGGAGUACAGCCUUAAGCAUGGAAACUCAAGACAGUGCAUAGUAACUGUCUGUUCUGCAAGUACCAUCUCCUGCUCCACUGCACAUUGCCUUGUUGUGAUGGCUGCUAGCUUUUGUCCUCUUAAUAGCCUUGCAUUGUUGAGGUAUAGAGGCUGGUCUCAUGCUGCUCCCCUGACAAAAUCCAGUGUCUGCCUCUAGAAAGACCCCCGCCCCUCCCCGUGACUGACUUAAGAGUGGAACACAAUGUAAAACAAUUGGCUCUUCCACAAUAAAUACUCAUCUGCAUUCA